AUGGCGGGCCGCCGCUCCAGCGACCUGCGCCACCUCCUGCUGUCCAACCUGUUCUUCAUGCGCCACUGCAAGGGCUACGCGGGCACCUCCUCCGUCCUCGCCGCCGCGCUGCUCCGGCCAGCGCUCGCGCGGGCGGGGUGGGGCGCCGCCGCGCGGCGGGGGCUGGUGGGCGGGCUGGUGGGUACGCACGCGCACGAGAUGGCGAGCGCCGUGCAGCAGCUGAUGGCGGGGUGGGACGAGGCCGCCGGUGCGGCUGCGGGGUUCAAGGGCCCUAUCUGCAUCACCCAGCUCCUGGCGCACCUGCUCUUCCUCGCAACAAACGGCCCAGGCCCGGGUGGCGCCGUCGCCCUGCCCGACACCUUCACCACGCCCGCGUUCCUGGCAGCCUCCUUGGCUGCCGACGUGCCGGCCCAGUUCAUGACCGACGUCGCCGCCCGCCACGGCUGGACAGUGCCGCUUGGGUCAAAGGUGUUUGACCUGUUCCGCAUCUGGCGGGUUGACAGCGGCGAGUGCGCCGGCGUCGCAGCGCGCAUCCUGGACGCCUGGGAGGCGCGGGUGGCCGCGUGCACGGCCGCAGCGGCGGCCACACGCAAAGCAGAGGGCGGGAGCGUAGGACCGCCGCCGCCGCCGCCGCCUCCUUGGCCGCGGCUGCUGCACUCCAACCUGGGCACUGUUGAGGAGGCGCUGGGGCUCAUGGCGCUGCCAGAGCGCCUGCGGCCUCACACACUCGGGUUUGGCGGCCUGGCCGACGGCUUUGGGGCGUUCAGCACGCCAGGGAGGAGCAGCGGGGGCGUCUCCGGGGGCGGGAGCGCCGGCGAGGGCACCGCAGCUGAAGGCGGCGAGGCGAGGCUGCAACUGGCGUCGGUCGUGAUGAAGCUCGUGCAGGCGCGGCCGCCUCUGGCUGGUGGAUGCAGUCAAUGCAUCAGCAGCAGCAACAGCACCGGAGGCGGCGGCAGCAGCAGCAGCAGCAGCAGCAGCAGCAGCAGCAGCAGCAGCAGCAGCAGCAGCAGCAGGGGCCGCAGCAGAGGCAGCAGCCGUGAUAUGCACGGCGUUCAGGCUUGCGCAUGCAAGCUGGGGGAUGGCUCUGGGGGCAGCAAGUUGCAGGUGGACCCAUUCUUGCCAGAGGCGGACCGGCGGCAUGUCGCAGAGGCCACACGCGCCGCCGCGUCGCGCACACGGCUGCUGUCGGCACGGGGCCCGCGGGCGGACGCGGCAAGCGCGAUGCUGGCGGCUGCGUACCACGCCGCUUCGCAGUCGUGCGUGCUCAAGUUGAGUUGA